AUGUUUAUCAACAAUGCAGUUGGUCAGGCUUUGCUGGCGAAGAGAUUGGGGAAGAGAAGGGUCAUUGCUGAGACUGGUGCGGGGCAGCAUGGGGUGGCCACUGCCACUGUGUGUGCGAGGUUUGCGUUGGAGUGUGUGGUCUAUAUGGGGGCGAGGGACAUGGAGAGACAGGCUCUUAAUGUGUUCAGAAUGCGGCUUCUUGGUGCUGAGGUCAGAGCAGUUCAUUCUGGGACUGCUACACUGAAGGAUGCUACAUCAGAAGCUAUACGGGAUUGGGUGACCAAUGUGGAGACAACACAUUAUAUUUUGGGCUCUGUUGCAGGGCCACAUCCCUAUCCAAAGAUGGUAAGAGAGUUUCAAGCAGUGAUUGGUAAAGAAACAAGAAAGCAAGCGUUGGAAAAGUGGGGAGGGAAGCCAGAUGUUCUGUUAGCAUGUGUUGGUGGUGGUUCAAAUGCCAUGGGACUUUUCCAUGAAUUUAUUGAUGACGAAGAUGUUAGACUGAUUGGUGUGGAGGCUGCAGGGUUGGGCCUAGAAAGUGGUAAGCAUGCAGCUACAUUAACAAAAGGAGAAAUUGGGGUUUUGCAUGGAGCUAUGAGCUAUCUUUUGCAGGAUGACGACGGGCAAAUAAUUGAACCCCACUCUAUCAGUGCAGGGUUGGACUACCCUGGAGUUGGACCAGAGCAUAGUUUCUUGAAAGAUGUAGGGCGUGCUGAAUACUACAGUGUUACUGAUGAAGAAGCACUGGAAGCCUUUAAGAGAGUAUCACAGCUGGAAGGCAUUAUUCCUGCUUUGGAGACAUCUCAUGCUCUUGCAUAUUUAGAGAAACUCUGCCCUAUCCUUCCAAAUGGAACUAAGGUUGUGUGGUUAAUUGCAGUGGCAGAGGGGAUAAGGAUGUUCAAACUGCUUUCAAGUUCUUAA